GGGGUAUCAGGCUGGUUUUGCUUGCCAUGCUGCAUAUUUCCCCCUCACAUCUGUUUCUUCCCUCCUCUAACCCAACCCAAACAAUGUGAGGUUUUGUCUGCUCUCAGCACCCAGCAGCAGCUUCUCAAGCCCCUUAGCCCUUAUUUUGUGUGCGUGCCCUGGACUUAACCAGAACAUUCCUGCCAUAGGUUAAGCCCAGGCAUGGAUAAUCCAAGAAAUUUUUUUGCCUCCAGAUCCAAGUGACCAUGAUGAUAACAGGUUCAUAGAUACCAUUUGCAGCUCCACACUGGCCCUUCUCCUGCCUCUUAUCUCUCUCCGAGGCAGGUAGGCCUUAGAGAUGGGACAGAGAUCCCAGCUGCAAGCCAAGAGGAUUAGGGCAGUGAAAUGCCUGUGCUCCUGGCUUGGCUGUGCUGAACCAUUUAUCUCCUGUGUUACAAUGAGGCGGCUUUCUAGGGCACUGUGGGCGUGGAUGCUGUGCCAUGCUGCCAUCACUGUCCUUGCAAUGCUGUCAUUUUGAGCUGGCAAAGCCUCCCACCCACAUGAGACCAAAGCCAAGAGCAGCUGCGGAGUGAGCCCCUGCUACACCAGAGGGCUAUGGGGAAAGCAGUGACCAUCGCAUGAAAGCAGGACUGGAGAUAGUUGCUGGAGCUGGAAUUGGGAUCUUUGGACUGAAGGACUAAAGGCUGCUGGGAAGAGGGGACAUUAGGGCACCACAGUGCCCACAGCAUAGCAGCGCUCUUGGGAGAAAACCAGGAAAAUUAGUGCUUGGGCAAGGCUAUCCCUCAGGAAACAGGAGCCAAGCACUGGCUUUGGCAAGAGUGAGAGGGGAGGAGAAUUGAUUUUUUUCUUUGCCUCUGAAAACUGCCCUUUUUUCCCUUUUUCUUCUCAGACAGUGAGACCUUUGCUGUGGCACCUGACCCACAGUGAGAGGGCUUGUCCCCCCUCCUCAUGUGGUUAGUUUCUUUCCUGAUUAAAAGUGAUUAGGUAGCCCUAAAGCCUGUAGAAAUGUGACCGAGGGGAACAGAGACAAAGAGUCCCUUCAAGAUAUCUUAAAUCCCCAGGACAGUAUUUAGGAGCCCUGAGGAGAGAACUGGAGCAGAAAGACCCUGCCAGGACCUCCCUGUCCUUCUUCUUCCUGCUGCACCCUUUGUUGCCAGCAUCUCCUCCACCAUGUCAUUCUCUGAAGCAGAAGUGCAAAGUGCCCGCGGUGCCUGGGAGAAGAUGUAUGUAGAUGCUGAGGACAAUGGGACAGCUGUGCUGGUCAGGAUGUUUACUGAGCACCCAGACACCAAGUCCUACUUCACACAUUUCAAAGGCAUGGACUCUGCUGAAGAGAUGAAACAGUCAGACCAAGUCAGGGGCCAUGGCAAGAAGGUUUUCACUGCCAUCAACGACAUGGUGCAACACCUGGACAAUUCCGAGGCUUUUCUUGGGAUAGUGAACCCACUCGGCAAGAAACAUGCCACUCAGCUGAAGAUUGACCCCAAAAACUUUAGGAUUAUCUGUGACAUUAUCUUACAACUGAUGGAGGAGAAAUUUGGUGGAGACUGCAAAGCUUCCUUUGAGAAGGUAACCAAUGAAAUCUGCACUCACCUGAAUAAUGUCUACAAAGAGGAGGGUUGGUGAGGAUGUGCACCCUCCAUGCUCUUCAAACAUCUUGAUAGCACUGAUUUGCUGCUUUUGGGCCCCCAGCCCCAGCUGGAAGAAUGAAAACGUAAAAAUAAUAAAAAAAAAAAAAGGCAAGAAAAAAGGCUUAUACAAUAUAGAUAUCAAUGUCAAUAAUUUCCUUAGCAAAAUGAGUUUCUACAGCUAAAGAAAACCCACAGAUACAUCAAAGUCAACCAACAAAUCCUGAUGUGCUUCACAGUUUCAAUGCUCCAGGUGGGUUCCUCUGGCCACUGUCCUUUAAGAUUACAUUUUAAGAUGAUGACUUUAAGCUUGCUAUUCCUAAAAGAAAGACUUGCUCCUUCCAGCAGCACCAGCAGCUCUUCAACUCAUCUACCACCUCUCCAUCCUCAUGAAUGACAAGGAGGCCAUUUUGAAGCAUCUCUAGGAACUUGGUAGAGGUCAUUGUUUAAGAGGCAUGAGUGUUGUUUUGUGUUUGACAUUAAACAAAGGGGAAGUGGUGUAUGGGAAAGACUAACAACUGGGAAAGACAUAGGGAAAGUCCCUUCUUGCAUGAGCCAGCAGAGUUUUCCAGUCUUGGUUUCUCAGGGCAGUUUUCAGCACAAGGAUUACAGCAAUGAAUGUGAUCACCACUGGGUCUCUCUGGGCAGGCAUGAACAUCUCCAGGGCGUGGAUUUCACAGUGUAACUCCCAGAAAAUUAUUCUGGCUGUGUUCCCUGGCGAGGGCAAUAGCACUGAGCUCACUGGCUCCUGUGCUACUCAAGAGUGCACCCAGCUGAGAGAAGCUGCUGCCUCGCUGAGUGGGUGGCAUGGUGGGCUCAGCUCAGCAUGGGACUCAUCCUGUCCAGUUGCACAGCCUCGGCCUCCCUUCAGUGGUAACUGAGUCCUGAACUAUUUAAUUGCUUUUCUUUGUAUUCCUUAGACGUGGUGAAACAAUCAGCUAAUAACUGCAAAUAACCACGUGCUGGUUUGCUUCAGUGUAACACAAUAAACACAGAGAAAGCAGAUGCGUCCUCUCGUUUGUAGCACAGAGAAGGCGAUAUGCAAGUGGUAGCUGGUUACAGUGCACAGUUACUGGUAGUACUGCAGGUUUUACCAAAAACAGCUCAAAUUCCCACCUGGGCACCCAUCACGCUCACAGCAGUCAGGCUUCUCAGGUGAUGUGAAGGGAAGCCUUUCACUUGACCAUGAAGCAACAGUUUUGUAAACAGCUAAAAAUGCAAAGUUCUCCUUCACUCAACGUGUAGUUUUCCUCACCCACUCCAUCUGUUUGGCAAAGGAUGCUAAAUCCCAAAGUCCAGAAGAUGAACUCUUGCCAGAGAGGGAGGAUGGGGCAGGCUGCUUUAUUUGCUUUGCUAUUCUAUUUGGCUCAGGGAGAAGGGAAAGCAUUUUGCACAGCAUUGUCAAGGAUUGUAAAAAAAGAAGAAGACGUGUAAAAAAUAUUUAUAGACUCAAAUCCCUGUGAGGGAGUACAAGUAGUUAAAGCUCUGAAAAGCUCAAAAUAAUUUCCCCUUUUUAUUGACUUACCUUAAUGCAUGUUAAGAGCACCAUUUACCAUGAGGGUGGUUGGCUGUAAUGACAUGCUCUUCAUUGUCACAGGCACCCUGGGCUGACAGGGGCCUGCAACACUGGCCGAUGAUUUAAGGCUCUUGUGUUCCCUGUUCCUGUGAUGCAGAAAGGUGUUGCAAAAGCAAAGCAUGUGAAACAAACCUAAUUCAGGCUGCAGUAAAGAGCGGGUUAUUUUGUAAAUCCAUUUAGAAAAGGGGGAUACUUUACAUUUUAAAAGUUUGCGUGAGGUGUGUAGUUUAGGAGUACAUGGCCCCCCUUUUUUUUUAAUCUGAGAUUUCAAAGGAUGGCAGAAAGCUUUUCCAAAAGAGCAUAGAUUAGACAACAUCUUGAGAUGGAGAAUAACUGAGCUGAGCUUACGGUUUUCCAGUAGCCUCACUGUUCAGUCCUGUCCAGCUUUCCUUGCACCUCACUGUGCCUCUGCAAAACAGCAACAUUUAUGUACUUGGGAGGCAAACCAAACAUACUCCUUACUUACUGAACCAGUAACUAUGCAGUGCUGUGCAUACUGUAUGCAUUCUUCUGGAAAACUGAUUCUGUGAAGAGAAACAGAAGGGAAACGUCAUACCUAAGGGUAGUAGGAAGAGAUUUCCUGUGGAGCACCACUGGUGAGUGGGACCAAAGCCCUCACACCAAGCUUCAUGGGUUCCUUACAGCCUGUGGGACAUCAGAAAGAUCUGUGAAAUAACCAGUCUGUGAUGUAGCAUGGGUAGUGUGACAAGUGGCUGUGACAUGUUAAAUCAGCUAAAUGCCCUGGAGUUAUCUUUGUGUCUGACCUAAACUAGAACAGUGAAAACACAUGGAAAAUACUGAGAAAGGGGAAGAGGAGUGAGCAGAAGCUCAUGCAGGAAGUUUAUCCACUCAGCUAGUUAAAUCAAAGUGCUUUGCUGGUCAUGUUGCUGGAGAAAAAAAAGCAUUCCCACAAAAAAAACUUGACCUUGUAGAGACCCGCUUUCCUGAUUCAAAAUAUUACCUAAACACUGUUAAAACACAUAUGAAUUUAACUUGAAAAACUACAGUUACCCUGGUGACAAAGCAAAAACUUACCCAGAGGAAGAUGCAUUGCAAGGCAUAGCCCUGUGCAAAUACAAAUCAGUGUUGGGAUAAAAUCCAAGAGUGCAGCAUCACCAAAUCACUCUGAGACAAGGGCUACCAACAUACCAUGGCAAUUUGAAAUGACAGGGAAUGUUUUACAGAAGAAGCUAACCUAGCUGUCAAGGCAUUUGAGCCCAAUAAUUUUCUUGCUAGAGUCUGAGCCAAGCUGCCUUCCUGUCCCUGCCUUUAUGACAGGCAGCAGAGAGGCUCAGUGAGGUGAGCAAGGUGGGGAGGUCAUCUCAGACACCCUGUGACUGCCCAGAUGGGGGACUGGAGACCCUGCAGAGAAUCUGGAGAAGCUUCUAGGAAAUCCUCCUAGCUGGGUCCAGAGGGAAACCCUCCAAUGUGCCCACCCUUCUUGCAUGAAGGCCAUUGGUAUUGUUGGUGAUUGAAGUGAAGAGCUGUUUGAGCUCUUUUGCCAUAGAGCUGUGGCUGUAGGUACAGAUAUGUCCCUCAGAGGUGUUGCUUUACACUGAAAGUAGGGGCUUCUUCAAGAUACCAUUUAAAACACUGUUUUGCAAUCUGUUUUUCCCCAGGAAUGAGGAUGAAGGAACACAGACACCAACUUUAAAGAAUAAGGGGUUCAGUUUACUAUAGUGCAAGCCAGUAAAGAAUUACAAAAGAAACAGUGGCUUAUGAAAGGAUACACUUAGCAAUGCAUCUAACCUUUACUACGAAAGUGUCUAUAGUGAUUAGGAGAGAGAAAUACAUCACCAGUUACCCUAUAACACUUUACCAUCACCCAGACCGCACUUCAGCUGGGGAGGCCCCGAUCACGGCGAAGGACUGGAGAACCUCUUCCCGGUAACUGGGAAAUCCUAUGCAGUCCGUCCACUAGUAGGGUGCAAACCAGUAUGAGCUUAGGAAGAUGGCAGCAACUUGAAAAGUUACAGUAGUUCCAUGCAAAGUCCCCACCCACUUACCACCUUCCAGUGAUGGAGACAGAGAGCCCUGAGCCGGCCUGAUGGUGCCUGACAGCCAGUGCUGUGAACUUGCCUUCUUGGCAGCCUCUCUGAGCCAGCACCUGGAACGAUUUCUAACCUUUGUGCUCUUAACUGAGCAUCACCAUCAAUACUUUACUACAGUCAGCAUUUGUCAGAUCAUUUCAGCCUGGGAAAGGGCUGUACAGCCACAGCAGCUCCUGCUGUCUGUCGUGCCCCUUUUGACCUUGCCUGUGUCCAGCUCUGCUCUGUUGGUAGCUAAUCCUGCCUCCCCGACGGUGCAUCUCUAGGACUCUGCUUGCCUGCAGUGCCCUGGCAGCACCACUGAGCCUGGGAAGGGGAUUUGGGACUGCGGUUUCCCCAGCAACAAGAGGUGAAAAGCCAGAGCCAGGAGAGAGAAGUCAUGAGAGAAUUUUCUAAUUGCCUGCUGACUCCAUUAUAUCCCCACAGAUGGGAAAGCAGGGAUAAAGAGGAGAGCCAGGGCUAGAAACAAACAUUUCUUCUUCUUUCCUUGUAUUUCCAGUUAAUAAUACAACUGCCCAGCAGUUUGCUGCUUCCCAGUUUUGCAGGCUGCAGUGAAAGCUGGAUUUCAGGUCUUACUGAAAAGAAGAAUUAAAGAAUUACAUCAAUAGUAACAGUGCAAGAAUUUAUUAAGAAUCAAGUGGAAAAAAAUGAUCAAAGCAAAAAGUCAAAAAACCUCCCCAACCCUCCCCCUCCCCAAAACAAACAACAAAAAAACCAUCAUGCAGGACUGAAUGAAGAGUGCAUUAAACAUUUUUUAUAAGCCACUGCAUCAGGAGAAACUAACCUCUACUGUCUGUUGAACAAAGGACAACUAUAGUGAGGAAGGUGGCAUGUGAAAUACAGGAUGGAGAACAGUAAAGCGGGGGGGUAACCGGGUGUGCUGCAGGCCCUCACACUGCACAUUGACAUCACCUCUGGUGCAUUUAUACCUAAUUUAAUGAUGACUGCAAUCCCAAACUGCUUGAAUCUGUAACAGUCCUGGUGGGGACAGCACACGUCUCACUGAAUCGUUUUCCACACCACAGGAGCGUCUUGUUGAGACACUGUGUUCCUACAGCUAAAACCAGCCAUUCAGAUGUACUCACCCACGUCCUUAGCAAUCCUGCACUGACCCCAGAGGUCUCAAGAUGAAUUGCUACCAUUCUCUCUUCAGCUAAAUAGACAAUCCCUGCUCGGCGGCUAUUUAACAUUUGCACAAUCAUCCACUUGCAUCAGCCUAGGGAGCUGGUUCACCUAUUUUCUCCCACUGCCCCUGGGGCAGGAUGGAUGGUGCAACAUCCAGGCUGGACAAACAGAUGAGCUCCAGGGCAGGGUUUGCAUUGUAGCAACAGGAUGGUGACUCCCAGCUUCAAUACCUGAUGGAAGGCAAGAGGACAGAGAUGAACAGACUCCUCUGCCACCUUCAUUGGCAAGUCCGAUGGCGGGUAACGGAAUAUGGUGGCACUAGGCCAAGCACCUCUUUGCUUGGAAAUGUCACUGUUCUACUGUGUGGUUUCUCCUGCUCCACUGGGAAAAGCAACUCACAUAUGUCAUCCAGCACUGGAUCAGACUGUGGAUGGAAGCUGCUGAGUUGCCAUCCCUGGAGGUAUUUAAGAGGUGUGUAGAUGUGGCACUUAAGGACACCGUUUAGUGGUGGACUGGGCAAUGCUGGGUUUGCAGUUGGACUUUAUGAUCUUGAGGGCCUUCUUCAAGGUAACCAAUUCUAUGAUACUGUAUUCAGGAGGGGAUCUCAUUUCUGGUAAUGUGCCAUCCUCUAGCUGCUUACCAUCUUUAACCUUCUUCUGUUUUAUGCUCCCCUGACUAACCCGGAGUGAUUCUGGUAAUAAUGCUUGCAGGUUCACUGCAUUUUCAACACUUUAAAUCAGUGAAAUAAUCUACUCUUUUUGCUCAGUUUGCACUCUUGCAGCCUGGUAAAAGCAGCUAUGGAGCUACAACUGCAUCAGCAAAAUUUCAAAGAUCUCAAGAGCUGAUGCUUAGCUGCAACACCCCUAGGUUCCUCCAGGAGCUCCACUUCAUAAUCUUUUUGACCAUGAAGACUAAUGUCAGUCAAUACCACUCUUCAGUUGUCUAGCAGGAAAUUUAGAAGUGAUGAAUAUCUCGGUUUUGCAUUCCUGGAAAUUAAGGUAGUUGGGUUCUGAUGAGAGGGUAGAAGAUCCAUACUUAGGCACAACUAAUAAAACAGUCUCCCUUUCUGGCAGAUGUUCCAGACCUCUUGCAUCCUAAGUGUGUUUCAUCAGUCACUUUAAUUCAGUUUUCUUCCUAACUGCACUUCAGUCCUGUACUUCCACAUAUAAUUCAGAUUAUUUUAUCAGGAAAUCAAAGGUAAGCCUCACCCUCCUCCUUAACACUGGUGUGGUACUUGGAUACCAUGAAGCUCACCACCCCAUGAAAACCUCUAAAUAAGGGAAGGCCCAAACCCAACCACUGUUUUGUAAUUAAAAGUAAUCUGUAAAAUAAAUGGCGUAUUAUCCAAAAUCUGCUAGUAAGGAGUCUAAGCAGUGUUAUGUCACAGUCUGCAAAUUUCACUGCCAGUCCCCCCUUUUACAACACAAAAUUUCUAGUUGCUGGCUGCAGGGGGAGACAGGCCCUCAGUAUUUCUAGAAUAUUGUUAUUCCAGACAGGAAUUCCAGAGGAAUCACUGGCACUUGUGCUAUGCAAGAUGUAUCUAGAAAUGACUGUUCACCUUUUGUCACACCACUAGAAUUUCACUUAAAACUGUGACAACAGAUGUUAUCAACCACCUACAUAGUAUGGUCAGUACUAGAGGGACAAACACUGGUAACUUUCAUUCAUCAAGCACUUGGGCCACUCAGGAAGUCAUAAAACAUUCCCAGGGAGGAAACUCAUACUCAGAAUUCAAAUGGGUAAAUAAUAAGAAGUGUUAAGUAGUCAGUCAUCAUUAAAAUGGAAUCAAUUCAAAGUGGAAUGUGCAAUGCUGAAUCCAAGUCCUUGCAGAAGUGUAAAGGUCCUGUUCUAGCUUUCAUUGCCAUCAAAAUACUGCUAAAUUAUCUUAGAAUUAUCACCCAAGUGUUCUGACCAUACUGAAGAUGCUACAGAAAAGACACUGAGGGAAAAUGCACACAGUGAACGGUAUCACACACCGAUGAUUAGCAGGCCUACAGAGACACUGCACAACCCACUGAAAAUGCCAAUAAAUCAUGACAAACACUGCUCUUAAGCUUCAAUGUUAGGUAACUCGGUGGCGAGAACUCAAGGACAAAAAAUUUACCGAUGUUUAAAUUCUUCUCUGUGGGAGUAGAGCACCUCUGAAUAGUUUAAAUACCCCAAAGCACUUUCAAUCCAACAGAAUGGACAGCACCCCCUUUAUGUUUUGUCGGUGACAUGGACUGGGAUCGAGUGCACCCUCAGCAAGUUGGCUGAUGACACUGAGCUGUGUGGUGCAGUCAACAUGCUGGAGGGAAGGGAUGCCAUCCAGAGGGAUGUUAACAGGCUUGAGAGGUGGGUCCAUGUGAACCUCAAGAAGUUCAACAAGGCCAAGUGCAAGGUGCUGCACCUGGGUCAGGGCAAUGCCAAGCGCAAAUCCAGGCUGGGGGAUGAACAGAUGGAGAGCAACCCUGCAGAAAAGGACUUGGGGAUGCUGGUGGAUGAGUGACUGAACCUGACCCGGCAACGUGCAUUUGGCAGGCCAGAAAGCCAAGUGUAUCCUGGCUGCAUCAAAAGCAGCCUGGGCAGCAGGUCGAGGGAGGGGAUUCCACCCCUUUACUCCACUUGGGUGAGAACCCACCUGCAGUGCUGCAUCCAGCUCAGGCAUCCCCAGCAGAGGAAGGACAUGAACCUGUUGGAGUGGGCCCAGAAGAGGGUCACCAAGUUGAUCAGAGGGAUGGAGCACCUCUCCUGUAAGGACAGGCUGAGAGAGGUCAGGUUGUUCAGCCUGGAGAAGAGAAGGCUCCAGAGAGACCUUAUAGCACCUUCCAGUACUUAAAGGGGCUACAAGAGAGCUGGAGGAGGACUUUUUACAAGGACAUGUAAUGACAGGACAUGGGGCAAUGGCUUUAAAAUGGAUAUUAGGUAGAAAUUCUUUACUGUGAGGGUGGUGAGGGGUUGGAACAGGAUGCUCAGAGAAGUUCUGGAUCCCCCAUCCAAGGAGGUGUUCAAGGCCAAGCUGAACGGGGCCUUAAACAACCUGGUCUAGUGGGAGGUGUCCCCGUCCACAGCAGCGGGGUUGGAACUAAAUGAUCUUUAAGGUCCCUUCCAACCCAAACCAUUCUAUAGUUCUGACUCCACAGGUUUCUGCUUUUGAAGAUUUUAGGACUUCAAUCAGGACUGUGAUCAGAAUGACCGCUUCUCCUAGAGCACAUCUGUAUGUUAAAAACUCUAAAAACCAGAUGUUAGUUUUUAAAAGACUGAACUGCUAAUUAACACCUUAAAGAGACCACUAUAUCCUUGUUAAGUUAUUGGACAAUAUGGUUUCUUUUUAAUUUUUUUUUAUUUCUUUUGUUCUUAAUUUUCGCUUGUUGUUGCUGGUUUUUUUGUUUGUUUUAAUACAAUUAAGGAUGCAUCCCACAAGAAAAAGCAGAAAGAGUCCUUAUGGAAAAAAACAAAUAUAUUGAACACAUACCAAUCAAAUGGUACAGAUAUGGGACUGGCUUUGAUUUCAAAAUUUAAGUAGAAAUAAAAAAGAUGUAAUGCAACAGCUGUUCAAUUUCCAAGUCUAAAUAGGCACUGUAAAAAGACAUUUUGCUUUCUCCAGCACACAUUUCUGUCUAAAUGCUCCCACUGUAAUCAACUCCUAGGAUCCCAAACAAAAAUAAAACCCAACACUGGGAACAUAACCUUAGAGUAAAAGUUAAUAUCCAUCCACCCACCCUCUUACAAAAAAGCAAACAAAAAAAAAAUCCCCCCAAAUACAACCUUUCAAUGCUGCUGUUUUGACUGGAGCAGAAUUGGAGAAUUUAUAAA